GGCAUGUACGUGGAGUAACAGACUUCAUGUCAUUAUCAUCUUCAUUGAGGAUUUGCAUUAGAGUCAUAUAUUUGAGUCGACAAGCGAAGGUCAAUUGAGCAGAUUAUAUCCUGCCUCUCAAUCAUUUUCAGUCCUGAGCGUGGACAAAUUACAACCAAUUCUGCAUGUUGGUCAUUUUUCCGCAGAUAAAGAUUUCUCCUCUUCUUAAGUAGGAACUUCUCCAGAUCCUGCAGAUUCUGAGAAUACGCAUUGUCAAUGCGAGUUCAAUGAUUCACGCUCGUCGAAAUGGCUUUGAACCCGGACGAACAGGAGAGCCAAAUCGUCGCUCCGCCCUAUUCGCCUCCCCCUGAGCAAAAUUACCUUGACGAUGCAUUUCCUGACGGUGCAGAUGGUUAUUACCAUCCAGCUCUAACUGAAGAAGAAGACCUUGAUGAUGAUGUACAAAUGAUCGAAGUUGGCUCAGAAGCGGAUGAAGUGGUCUCGAAUACACAAUCGAUGCCCCAGCAACACCCUUCUCACAAUUCCCAGCAAGAUAGCAAUAAAUUCUUGGUCGAGAAGACUCAGUUUUCAGAUAUUGAUAAAGAUACUCAAACAGUUCAAUAUGAAGAAGAUUCUGUUCAGAAAGACACUCAGAAUGCCAGUUUUGGCUCUCGAUCGUUUGUUGAAGAGACUCAAUAUGCAGGCAUUGAGAUGGAUACUCAGGCUAUUGAAGAUACUACUCAAUUCGAUGAUACAUUUCCAUCAUUUCAAAAGCCGCAAGUCCCGGAGAGUGACGAACCAGCCAUCGAUGUCGCUCAGCAAACGAACAUGUCGCCACCCAAGGUAUUUUCGAGACCAGUAGAGCCAAAAGAAGCUCCUUUCAGAUUUCCUCCUGGACCGCCUAAUAGAAGGAAUUAUGAAUCGACAGUUCAGAAUGUAUCCGCGCCAAGAGUUGUUGCUCAAAUAACACAAAUAUCCUCCAAAAUUUUGCCAAAAGUUACUCCCAGGCCCGCGCUUCACAACCAACCUUCAACAACACCGGUGUAUUAUAUGCAGAAGGUACUCCCUGAACAUCACAAUGCUUCUGUAGCUCAAGCCAUCCCCGAUGUUGGUGUCCGUCCAUCUGUUAAGCCAGUUCGGGAGAGAGAAAUAGUCCCUGUUGUUAAAGAUGUGCCAUUGAGCCAGCACCCACGUAAUACCCACAACAUGCCUCCAACUACUUCGGUUCAACAUCCUAAAAGCGUCCCUGAACCAGUUUUCAAGGCUUCCAGACACCACCAAAUGUCCAAUGUUCUAACUGUCCCAUCUAAAAAGCCAGCUCUGGAGCAAUUAUUGCCUCCUAGCAUUCAAAAGGUGGCGAUUAACGAGCAGUUUUCGGAUACUAGCAGAAUAUCUUUACCAAAUUCUGUUCAUCCUUUAAGAGGUGUCUCUCCAAUUGAGCGUAACAAUUUUCAACAUAAUCAAAUUCCCGAUGGUGAUCCUGUCUCAUCUGUCAACGCCAGCAGUCCCAAGAAAGCUUCACGUCCCAUUGUUCAGAACAACUCAGCUAGCCAUCCUCCUGUCCAAAAGCUCUCCAAGCCCAUGGCGAAUCCACCAUUUCAGAGGGAAGGAAUUGUUUCAAAUCCAAAUGAAACCUUGCGUUCUACAACCCAUAAUGAGGUUUAUCUUUCCAGGGAGUCAAACAAUACAUUAGCGCUGAAAGCUUCUCACAAUGAACAAUCUAAGAUAGUCAGGCUACCUCUAACUCGACAAGAUGAUGCCACACCAACCCAUUGUGCAAAGCCUCUCCGAUUCAGACAAAAGUCUUCGAACCAAAUGAAUCGUUUCAUCGCGAAGAAAAAAAUCGAUGUUUAUGGCAACUUAGUCAAAAAAGCUCCAUUCCCAGAAGCUUUUGCGGAUGAGCCGAAAUUGCAACCACACCCAGAACAGCCAGGUAAAAUUCAAGCACCAGUACCACAAGCUCAAUACUCAGAGCCUCACUCUGCUGAGAAAGAGCUACCAAAUCUGAUUCAAGGAGCUGUAGCAUCAGAACCCCAGAGAUUCCGUACCAAUGACAAAAUUAUCCAACGAGGGUCGAUGAAUCAGUCAGUGACGAAUGCCGAUUCUCUUUCAGUCUCUCAAAUUCAAGUCUUAGAUGACAGAGCGGAUAAUUCCACGGCGAAUGCAGAAUAUGGAGAUGAUCUACAGGUAGAAUAUUCUAGGGAAUCUCAUCAAUGCAAUCCAAAUCCUACAUUUCAACCAGUUCAUCCCGUUACGCAAGUCGAUCAGCAUUCUCCGUUUUAUCGAGAGCCUUUGCGCACUGCAUCUCAGGCAAACAUAUCCCGAGUUCACACACCUCGACCUCAGACAACUCCGCGAACUCAGGGCGUACACGAGGCUCAGCGAAAAGCCGUAAAUAGACCACUUAGACCCCAUGACCUUGAACCUCAAGGGGUAUCUGAGGCAACAUUAAACCAGAUCAGUGUGUCCAGAAUCACCAAAUUAGCAGCUGUGAAUUCUCAAGGUGAAAAAAAUAAAACCGGAGAUCACAUCAGUAGCUGCCAAGAGAGAUAUUCACUAGAUUUUGGUGCUCUUCAUAAUGUUAUCACUGAGUGCCAGGAUCAACAACACGUUAUCAAAAAUCAAGAGGAUCAAAUCGCAAUUAUCAAUGCUCAGUUGCAAAAUACAAACCUAAUCAACGAACAGUUAAAGGCAAGCAACGAAGAAUUAAAGGCAAGCAACGAAGAAUUAAAGGCAAGCAACGAAGAAUUAAAGGCAAGCAAAGAUGAAUUGUCAAAGAGAGUUGAGAGAUUGAAUGAUUUAUCCGGCAGAUACAGAGAGCACAUCAAUGAUGUUGUCAAUUGUCAGAAGUCUCUUAGACAAGAUUCAAACGAGAUGAAGGCAUUGAUGAGAAAUUUGAAGAACCAAGAAAUUGCAGAUAAAGAUGCUCAAAGGGAAAAUUUGAAAAUUUUAUUGGAUGAAAUCAAGCAGGUUCGAGAAAAACAAAGGGAGCGAGAUGCGAAUAUUCCACUUUUAGAAGAUUUGACUGAACAGAAUGAUCAACUUCGAAUUGAGAAUGAACGACUCAAAGCUGAUAAUGAUUCAAAGUUGGAAAAUCUUGAGAAAGAACGUUCUCACAACAACAAGCAACUUCAAAACCAAAUCAAUGACGAUCGGGAUCGCCACAAAGAAGUCAUGGAAAUUCUUCGAAAACCACAAGUCGACACCCUCGGAGAGCUGACAAAAGAAGACGGGAUUCUCAAAAAGGUUUUGAAUUCUGCCGAAAGUGUCAAUGGAAAAUUUGACGAAAUGUCAAAGACAUUUACCAGUUCUCUCAAUCAAACAUUGGAGUGGCCACAAACUCUGACGAAGAUUUUCGAAGACUUUUACUCUAGAAUUGAAACGAAGUUUGAUGACAACGGCAGCAAGGACAUUACUUUCCAGGAGUCUACUGCCAAACUCUUUGAUGAUCUUAAGGGACGUCUCAAUCAAAUCAGUGGUGAUAUGAAUGAAAAGGCCAAGCUCAGUGAGCAGAUCAGUAUGCUCCGAGAGAGCAACGCCAAAAUUGAGGCGAAUCUGAACUCAAAGGAAGCAGACUUGGAGAACAAUGUGGCCCGAAUGAAUGAAUUAACUAGAGAGCUGACAGAUGUUCAUUCAGAGCUAAUGGGGAAAACCCAACAACUCGCAAUCUCACUUGCUCAACCGAGAGAGGACCCCGAAUUGAAGAGAAAGGUUGAUGAAUUGACCACUGAGACUUCCAGACUGGAAGGCCUUCUUACCGCCGCUAAAAAUGACAAGCUUCAAGUCGAGAGAGCUAUCCAAACUCACCAAACGACAAUUGAUACCACUCAAAAACAGUUACGCGAUAUAGAGGAAAAAUUUCGAAAUGCCGAGUCUAGCAUGAAGGCAUUGGAAGCAGAAAAUCAAAAGCUUCAAAUAGAUUGCAUGUCAAACACAGAAAUAGCUCGACAGGAUACCACAAAGCUUGCUCUGUCUCAAAGAAAGGGGUUACUCGCCCAACAUGACUCCUUAGUGAAUGACCUCAAACACAAGCAAGUAGAGACUGAGAAGAGACUCCAAAUUGCAAUUGAGAAAUCAAAGACAUUUGAGGAGACAACAGAUAAGCAUAUGAAAACUGUUGGCGAGCUUGAGUCGAAGAUAGCUACGUACAAAGACCAGUUGCUACAGCAAAGAAUUCAGCUUCAAAGCUUAGAGGAAAGCUCCAUAUCUCCUGAUCAACUUCAGAAAUUCAAACAAGAACAAAAACGAGAGAUAUCGUCAAUUCGCAAAGAGCAGGAAAGUCAACAUGCAUUAUCACAAGCUUAUCGAGAGGAAAGCCUUAGGAUUAAAACUGAACUUGAAGACACCCAUAGGAGACUCCAUGGAAUGAAUGAAGAAAAUGGGCAUCUGUCGAAGGAGAAUGAUCAUUUACGAAGGCGGUUGGAGGACAUAAAUGCAAUGUAUGAAAGUACUCAAAAUAUGAUUGGCAAUUCUCAUCGUGUUAAUGACAUUCAACCAACUUCACGCAACGGCAAUCUAUCGUCUUCACGCAGAGUUGCUGAGCGGCGAUCUAGCAAUUUUCAUAGUCAACCUCUUGAAAAGAGCAUGGGAGAAAAUCAACAUAGAGUCCGUGAAUUUCAGACUGACGAAGUAAGCAAAACUUCUUCACGAACUUUAUCGUCUUCGUAUACAUAUGACGACAACAAUGGCGGAAGUCAGACUCCAAUCAAACCAUUUUCUACUAUUACUACUCUCGCAACAAGCCCUUUGACUGAUUUGGAGGAUGUCAUGCCAAUGGUUCAAUCUGCACAUAGCCGCGAGGAUUUACAGCGAUUAUACAACAAAAAUCGGCAGUUAUCGAAUGAUAAGAUUGCAAAGAUGGAGAGUCAACCUAAGUACUAUCCUUAUGGAGGGGAACAAUUUGGUACCCCAAAGUCCAAAAUUAACAAAGUAAUGCCUGCCCUCGAAGGAGAAUUUGUCGAUACGCCAACUCAGGCGUCCAGGGCCAUUCCUUCAGUUGCAGAAGAAUCUGUUAAACGCCGGACGAACAAGCCACUUAAAUCCGCUUUGAAGAAAGGCGAUUACCAGGACUAUUCUAUUCCUCUUGAUGCUUCAAAAGAUCAAGUUCAUAACCAAGACGAGAGAAUUUUUAAAAAGCCAGCACCAAGAAACAAUCACAGUGGCAGUAUUGGACUUCAAGCGACUCGUGGAACUGGUACGGGAAGCUACAAUCGUAUUGCGAGUGGAGAGCCGAAAUUUGCAAGCUCAAGGGCACCAGAACCUCGAUAUGAGCCAACACCUGAGAUUAAGCGAAACGCCAUGAAGAGAGCAAGAUCAAAUUCGUCCCUUCAUACUCAGGAUCUACAGCCCACCAAACCUGCGAAAGCCCCAAGAAUCAACCGCCGCCCACCAAUAAACAAGACAGUCAUUCCAGACUCUCAGUGAAGUGGAAAUUCUACAGUUUAGAGGCAGAACCAUACUCGACCGCUGCCUUGACUACCUCGAAAUUGAAUUCGCCCAACUGGAGCUGAUGGCAUCUAUUCUUCAAGUAUUGCUACCCUCGGUGUAUAUGCUUGCAAACUUUCACAAUUUUUUGGCGUACAAAGGAGAGAUAAUAUUGCUUUAAGAACUUGCAAUCGUUAGGUAUCAAAGGAGAAAGAAUAUUUUUAACGUACUUGAAGUGGCUAUUUUCUGUUGGCUUGAAAAGAUUGUAUGGUGGGAAGUUAAUGCAUGAUAUAAGAAAAAUAUGGGAUCAACUCCACAAUACUUAGCAUAUAUGAUUCGCUGUUUCGCGAAUAUCACUUGCGUAUAUGUCGGGAAGGUAGAGGGACA